AUGAGCGCCUUUGUUGCUGCAACAGAUGGCCAUGACCCCCUCAGAGAUCUCAUAGAAGAAGUAUUCCAUGAAUACAUCACCAAUGAGAUGCCCAUUUGUCUACUUCAUAUCACCAAAGGUGGUGAGAAGAUAAGGGUUCAACUUGUGGACAGGGAUUUCGUCAGGGUGCAUUUCAAAGAGAAAAGGGUCCCUGACAACAUUCAUGCAAAAUUUGCUGAAAAGAUGAUCAUAGAUGAGGAGGAGAGGGAGGAUUGCAUCAAAGAGUGCAUGAAAAAAGAACUGAAAUAUGCUAUCCUCUUGCAUAGAUGGUUGCUGGGCAAGCAAGAGCCUCUGUAUCACCAGAUGCCAGAGGAACCAACAGAAGUUCCUGUUGGUCAUGGGCCAGGAUGGAAGAAGCUUCAAAAUUUUUGCCAUACAGUGAAGGAUGUUCACAGCUGUGAAUUCGCUUGGUCCAAUAUGUGCUGCAUAGACAAAACAAGCAGCUCAGAAUUGGACGAAUCCAUCCACUCUAUGUUUUGCUGGUACAGGAACUCCCAUAUAUGCACUGCUCUCCUUUUGGAAACAGCAAACCUCGCAGCUCUUCAACUGCAGGAGAGGGGUGCAAGUGGUGAAAAGGCAGUCAAUGUUUGGUUUGAAAGAGGAUGGAUGCUUCAAGAGCUCAUUGCUCCAUCACAAAUCAAAUUCUAUGGAGAAAACUGGAACCCUCUCAUCCACAGCUCUAUGAAUGACAGAGACAGCAAAGUCACUAUGGAGAAGAUAUCAAUGCUCACAGACAUCAAUAUGAAAGAUCUUAAAUCAUUCACACCUGGCAUCAACCAAGUGCCAGAAAAGAUGUUGUGGGCGUCCAGGAGGCGAACGACUUGUAUUGAAGACCUCACAUACUCCCUUGUUGGAAUAUUCAAUAUCAGCCUCAUGAUCUCAUAUGGCAAAGGCAAAAGAGCUUUCUUCCAUCUCAUGGAGGAGGUCAUAAAGAGAUAUGACAAAUGGGACAUGUUUCUAUGGAGCGGUCAUUGUUCCCACUAUAACAUGGCCCUCCCAAAAACUCCGCACUCCUAUGCUGCAGGAUGUAUCAAAACACUUCACAAUGCAGUUGACCUGGCCGCAACCUACGAGUUUGGAGAUAGGCACUUUGCCUUGACCAAUCACAGACUCGAAAUUUGGGUGCUCCUACUGCGUGUUGCAGUAGAGGACAUCAGCAAAGAGUUGUCUGACUCAAGAUGUCUUUCAUUCAAGCAUGAUUACUUUAGGGUGAAGGUGAGGCACAUUGGCCCAAAGCCUUGCGAGUGUUAUGAACUAGGAUGGUCGUAA